AUGUUCAAAUCAUUGACUGCUAUUUUGCCAAAAGUUGGCAAGAGAAAGUUCGUGCAACAAAAUUACGCAUCCACUUUAGCUUUCAUUGAAAGUUCAAAGGAUGGCUCCGUGUCAAGAUCAUCGUUGAGUUUGUUGACUGCAGCACAAAAGUUAUCUAACCCUAUCACAGCCAUAAUCACGGGUAGCAAAGCUGAGAAAACUGCCAAAGCGCUCAAAUCUUCAUACUCCUGCAGCAAUUUAAAGAAGCUUGUCAUAUUUGAGGACUCCAGGUUAGAUACCUGUCUUCCUGAAGAAUUGACUCCGUUGUUAGUAAAAAUUUUGGAAGGAAAUGACUAUUCACAUUUUGUAAUCUCGAAUUCAUCUGUUGGCAAAAGUGUUUUACCUCGUGUGGCUGCACUCUUAGAUGUGCAACCCGUUUGUGAAGUUACCGUAAUUAAAGAUCCUAAGACCUUUGUUAGACCUGUUUAUGCUGGUAAUAUCAUUUCUACAUUAGAAUGUCCAUUAGACAAGAAGUUGUUGAGCAUUAGAGCAUCGGCUUUUCCACCAAUUGCGGAAGGUAGUAUGAACUCCGUUGUCAUUGAGAAGGGAACUGAUAUACCUCCUUGUAAAUUGGAUGUUACCUGGGUAAAAACCAUUCUUACCAAGAGUGAGAGGCCAGAGCUCACUUCUGCACAGAACGUGGUAACUGGUGGAAGGGCACUUAAGGACAAAGAAACAUUUGAUAAACUACUUUCACCAUUGGCAGACGUUUUACAUGCUGCUAUAGGUGCUACAAGGGCUUCUGUUGAUAACGGUUUAUGUGAUAAUUCUCUACAAAUCGGCCAAACUGGUAAGGUAGUUGCACCAAAUUUGUAUAUAGCUGUUGGCGUUUCUGGUGCAGUCCAGCAUUUAGCGGGAAUGAAGGAUUCAAAAGUUAUCGUUGCCAUCAAUAAUGAUCCUGAUGCCCCCAUAUUUAAUGUUGCUGACUAUGGGUUACAAGGAGAUCUUUACAAGAUAGUCCCUGAACUAACUGAAAAACUUCGUAAAUAA